AUGAUGCGGGCUACCAAAAUGACGUCUUCACAAUGUAGGAGCGUCACGCCGCCACUAUCGCGGACGAGUUCGUCGGAUUUGGUCGGUCGUUCGUCGGAUUUGACCCGACAUCGGAAUCUAUCUCCGGACCUGUCUUUAGAUUUCUCGCGCCAUAGACCAUUGUCUCCGGAUUUAUUGGAUCUAACUCUAUCACCUGAUUUGCCUCGAAGAUCCCGAUCUCCGGCUAGACCAAGAUCACUCAUGGAAACUCUGCUUGUCGCUAAAAUGGAAGCAUUGAGUACUGGAAAGCUGGUGCGGACUGAUUCCUUGGAUAGCUGCAGUAGUUUCGGAUCGAUGUCAUCAUUGCCCAGCGAUGUAUGCAGAUGCGAUGACUGUCUCCUUGGAAUAGUAGACUUCUACCUUCCAAACCCGGACUCUAAUAAGGCACUUAGAAAGUUCAAUCCAAUAUGCUGUAUAUUUUUGUAUGAAUCCAAAGUCACGGUUAUAGUCUUACGAAUACGUCGGCUAUCAUUUGCGUAUCUGAACGAGUUGUACGAAUGUUCAGUUAUGAAGCACGUGGAGUUCCACACUCAACAUGCCACUCCGCGCAGUGCUAGCGCCGCGCGCACUACUCACGCCCGCGCCUCCGAAUAG